UGCCAGGGGCUGGAGGGCAAAUCCGACCCCACCUGGGCUCCAGGGUGAACUAAGGUCACGAGGACAUCGGCCCGCGCCGGGCGGGCCGCCUCGCGCCGGUCCACACGUGGUCGGCCCCCUGCAGCCGGUGGCCUGCCCGCAGCGGGGCUGCCGGGAGGGAGCCAGAGCGCGGAGGAGACACCUGGACCCCCGCCCGGUUCCGAGCAAGGGAGUCGCGGUGAACGCCCCGGCCCGCCCCGGGGGCGGCUAGGCGGCCGGACGUGCGGGCGCGAGGGGAGGCGGACACCUGGGCGGUGCGCGGGGGCGGUGCUAGGGCCCGGGCGGCGCACCUGUUGGCCGGCGUCGCGGCCCCGCCCGGCCUCCGCCCCCGGACCCGACCCGCCGCGCCGAGUGUGAGGGCCGGCGGGGCUGCCGCGCGGCGGGUGCACCAUGGCCGAGCUGCUGCGGAGCCUCCAGGAUUCCCGGCUCGUCGCCCGCUUCCAGCGCCGCUGCGGGCUCUUCCCGGCGCCGGAUGAAGGCCCCCGCGAGAAGGGCGCGGCGCGGCCGCUCGGAGCCGAGCAUCCCUCGGCGGCCCACGGCCCGGGCGGCGGGACCCCGGCCAAUGGGCUGCAGAGAGCCGCCGCCCCGCAGACAUAUGUGCAGAAGUACAUUGUGAAGAAUUACUUCUACUAUUACCUAUUCAGAUUUUCAGCUGCUUUGGGUCAAGAAGAGUUCUACAUCACGUUUCUUCCAUUCACACAUUGGAAUAUCAAUCCCUAUUUAUCCAGAAGACUGAUCGUCAUAUGGGUUUUGGUGAUGUAUAUCGGCCAGGUGGCCAAGGACAUCCUAAAGUGGCCCCGCCCCUUCUCCCCUCCCGUCGUGAGACUUGAGAAGAGAGUGAUGGCGGAGUAUGGGAUGCCGUCUACCCACGCCAUGGCGGCCACCGCCAUUUCCUUCACCUUCCUCAUCUCUACCAUGGACACAUACCAGUAUCCCUUUGUUCUGGGCCUGAUGGUGGCUGCAGCGUUUUCCACCUUGGUGUGUCUCAGCAGACUCUACACAGGGAUGCACACAGUCCUGGAUGUGCUGGCUGGCAUUCUGUUCACUGCGGUCCUCAUUGCCCUCACCUACCCCGCCUGGACCCUUAUCGAUCGCCUAGAUUCGGCCAGCCCUCUCUUCCCCGUGUGUGCCAUAGUGGUACCAUUCAUCUUGUGUUACAACUACCCCGCGUCUGAGUACUACAGCCCAACCAGAGCGGACACCACCACCAUCCUGGCUGCUGGGGCUGGGGUGACCAUAGGAUUCUGGAUCAACCAUUUUUUCCAGCUUGUGUCUGAGCCCACCGAGUCUUUCCCUGGGAUCUAUAGCAUCCCACCGCUCACCACUGACAUGCUGGGUUUGGGUCUGGCCAAAUUUAGUGUGGGAAUUGUGUUGACCAUCCUGGUUCGUCAACUUGUACAAAAUCUCUCACUGCAAGUAUUAUUCUCGUGGUUCAAGGUGGUCGCCAGGAACAAGGAGGCCAGGCGGAGGCUGGAGAUUGAAGUGCCUUACAAGUUUGUCACGUACACAUCUGUUGGCAUCUGCGCCACAACCUUUGUGCCAAUGCUACACAGGUUUUUGGGAUUGCUCUGAGCCUCAGACAGUAGGGAAUUAGCCCAUGGGACGUAAGGGCCAAGACACAGGAUUGUUGCAUGGGUGAGACUUGGCAACACAUUUCUCUUAGAAAAAUCCUGUUACAUGUCUUUUCCUGAUACCCGAGAGAAUGCUCCUGCUACAUAAAAGGCAAUACUGCGUCAUAGGGACCAUUAGUCUGAGGGCCGUGCUGCAGUUGAAGCCAGGCUAAACCAAGGGACAAGUUUUUCUAAGGGUCUCCCCCGCUGUCCGCUACACAGCCCGUGGACACAGUCACGCGCCCGGCUCAUGAGCAGCUGCUGCCCCCACUGGGUUCUGCAGAGCCAAAGAUGGGCAGGAUGGGGGAGGCCUAAGGUCAAGCGCUUCUUUUCAGUCACGCCCUUGACCUGCACUGAAUCUCAUUUCCCCCCACCAAGCUGUAAUUUUGGUCGGGGAGAAAGGGUGGCCCCCAGUAAAACUGCCUUCCCCGGGCCGGGUGGCUUUCUCGUUGUACUGACAGGUCAGACCGCCCGCUCGGGCGACAAGGCCAACGGCAGCCCCGCUCUCCGGGAGGCCAGCAGAGGCGGGCCAGACCCGAGGGCGCUGCCAGGGCAAGGCUCUCCCUGCCCCGAGGCUGGUGCGUCCAGGCCCCGUCUGCACCCCUCUUGCGCAUGAAUCCCUCCCUGACUGACCCUUCCGCUGCCUUCCCCGGGUGUCCCGCUCUCUCUGGCCUAGAUGUGGGACAAGACCUCUGCCCAUCCCCAGCCUUUUCUGCUUCCUUACAAAUGGGGAAGGUACUGUCGUCUGGUCCCCCUGCGAAAGUGGGUCGAUAGAAAUGGGUGGACUUACUCCUUCCUGGGCCGAGGAGGGCACAUGUCCCGGACAGACAUUGCCCAGUCCUGCCAGGGCCUGCCUGACCUUGUCCUCCGCUUCUCAGUUACUUUCUGUGCAUCCUUUUUCUCAUCUACUAAAUAGAAUCGGGGUCUCCCUUCCCAUCUGUCCACUUCGUAUCUCGGCAAUUUUAAGGAUAAUGUUAGGCAGGAGCAGUGUCAGCCUCCCUUGAGAGAGCGAGGCACCCCAACACCACACCCUUCACACCUCGGGCCUGUCCUCAGGAGCCCCAGGAAGGCCAUCAUCACGCGAACACCAGAGGGCUAAGGAACAGGUAUUAACAAUUUCCUUAAAAACUAGUAUGUAGUUAACAAAGUAUCUUCUGCAGUGCAGCCUGGAACCUCUGAAGCCAGGGAGUUACAGAACUUGUUACCACACACACACUUUGGGGGAAAAAUUAGCCUGCCUAGAGGCUCUUACCCCUGCAUCCAGUAGGAAAACUGAGCACCCCGUUUGUUCUGAUGUCAAAUCUGGCCUUUUUGUUGGAAUGAUCCUUGGUAUUUGACUUAAUUCUCCAGUUUCUUGAAUAAUUUUUAGUCAAACAUCUUGUUUUCUUUGGAAUUCUUCUGACAUUUUUCAUAGUUAGGAGGCAGGGAUCAAAAUGACCUGCCAUUUGACUGUAUGUCAUACUCUGACCAGUAUUUGUAGCAGCUUAUGAUGAGGGGAUGUGCAGGGAGGUAUUUUCCUGUAGCUCUGCCCACCCCCUGCACCCCCAAAAACCAGAGAUCAGAGAUUGUAGCACUGGGUGAUAUUUACACCAAAAGAUUUUAGUUGUUUUUUCUGAAGCCAACCAGGAAAAGAAUCAGCUUUUAAUACAUAUUUUUGAAAAGAGAAGCUGUAAUUGUUAUCACAGCAGACAGUGUAUGGUGUUGGUGAUUCAUUGGUGUGUGUGUGUGUAGGUUUUACUGCUGUCCCUUAUCCGUCCCAACAGCGGGGCUGCAAUGAGCUGUGCUGAUGUAUUUAAGGCUGUGUUUACACAGUUUGGAUGGAGGCUGAAUGUAUUAGCCGUUGCAACAUUAAAGAAUGACCCAAGGAUAGGGCUUAGCUCCAGGACACAGAAAAACCAGCUUUAUCUAAAACCAUAUGAGAGUUAAGUUAAAGCAGAGGGAGUCAGUGUCAAGGCAUCAGAGUAGCGGGAAAGGAGGUGAAGUCCAGAGGGAUGACAUGGGAGUGUAAACUGUGUCACUACCAAGGAAGACAGCUAAGAGAGGGGUGGAUGGUUUCAGGGUAGGCUGUCACUGAAGGAGGGCGGUAGGACAGAGGUAGCAGGGUGCUAGACAGGCCCCUGGCCUUUAUUUGGUCUGGUCUUACUCAGAACUACAUUUAAAAGUAGUAUGAAAACCUGUGGGCUGUUGAAGCCUUCAACACUUGGUGAAACAUUCAGUUCCUCCCUGAGCACCAUAAGCUCUAAGAAAAUGGGUCAUGUACCAAGUACUCUUUUUAGAAAUACAUGUGACAUUGUCUCUCCUGCUCUUCUGUAAGGGCCUGUCUAAGCCACGCAGUCUGUUGCAUACCUGUCUUUCUGUCCUUCCUGCAGCCUGCUGACCCCACACUCACAAACACAUACCAGCUCCAAGGACAGUUGGUGUUCAAAAUAUUUUUAUUAAAAUUAUGAAUAAGUGAUUCACUUGUAAUAUAAGAAUCUCAAUGUGAAAUCCACUAAUAUAGAUAAAAGUAGGCUUAAAAUAUAUCUAGCAGGACUACAUAACUGAGUAACUGCUCAUUUUUUUAAGCUUUAAGUACUAAGAAUUAACUUAUCAAGUCUAUUAACUUAGUGAAUGUAACAGUGCCAUCAGAAACAUCACCUCAUAUCAUGUGAAAUACGGAACAGAUUGGCUGUGGAAAUGUUGUAUUUGUGCCCACUUUAUUGGACGUGAUGUUUAGCAUUUCAGAGCCUCAGUUUCCUCUUCACAGAAAUGGAGAUAAUUGCCUGCCUUGCCUAUUUCCCAGAGUUUGGGGAAGGAUCAAAUAAAAUGGUAUCUAUGGAAUUUUUCAUUAAAAAAAAAAAGAAUGACCCAAGGGUUUAUCAUGGUUGAUCAUUUUUUAAAGUAUCUUCUUAUAGCAAAAGUAUAUGUUGGCGAGGCCAAGCUUAGUUUUUGAGCACUUGUGCUUUGAGGCCAAGAAUCAGGCAGCAACUGAUUGGAAAAAGUUGUUACCUGACUCACACUCGUGCUUUGCCAGCUGUCUUCUCCAUUACCCACCCAGCACCUCACUGUUCAAUCUCACCCCGGCUCCCUCAGGCUCACGCACACCUCACUGCCUCUUUGCCUCCGUUCAGACGUUUGGAUUUUCUCUCUGGUGAAAGACUGUCCCCUGCUGGAUUAGCCUCAGCCUUGCUCCAAAGCCUCUCUCCUGAGGAGGAAUCUUGGAGACGAGGAAUUUGUAAAAGUCAGGCUCUCGUGACGUAUCCAACAUAAAUCCAGGACCUGAGGUCUGGCCAAACCUGCCCCUGGGAAACUGACAGCAUGGCCCUCAGGGCGCCUGGCCCCGCCAGGAGCCAGGUCGGACGAUGGGGACAUGUGCUUUAACUAACGGUCCUCACCCUGCCCCCAGCCCACUAUCCCUCUGGGGCAGGACACCCACCCAGUAAACAGCUGUCAUCUCAGGCCGGUUCAGCUCAGACUCACACUGUAACAGAAUGUGCAGGAGAAAAUGCAGAGGAUACCCGGGCCUAAAAACCCUUACGUGGUGGCUGAAAUCACUCCACCUCAUGCCCAAUGGUCACACUGUAACGUGGGAUUCCCUCGCUCAAAUAGGUAACUCGUGCUUCUUGAUGCAGUGAAAAUGUGGGGUUUCAAGGCCAUGUGGCCCAGGUUUCUAUGCUGGAAACUUUCAGCUGUCUUGCUAAUGUAUCAUAUGUAAAUUUACUUUUUGUUUUUUAAAUCGUUUUUGAUUAUGACUCCUUAAUUAUGUGCUUUGAAAGCCAGUGUUCUGUUUCUUUGGAUCCUUUUUUCUUCUAGACCUUGUUCUCAGGGUUUGCUGUACCUGAGUUGAGAAAAGGUGACACGAAUAAAUGGCAAGUGUAUGAUUCUCUA